CCGCGAUUAUUUAAAUUAAAUUUCUGUUAAGCGGAGCGGUGCAUCGAUGGAAAAGGGGUCAUCACUGCAACAACAGCGGAGCGUUGUAAGUCCGUGUUUUGUCGUCCACUGAUUUGCAUUUUCAUUUGAUAGCUAAUCUAUUGAUUAAUUAAAAUGGAACGUAUUUAUGAUCUCGUAGCCCGAGGUCGCGUUUCUUUCAUUCAGCUCUUCCUGUGUUUGUAACGUUGUAAAAUGCUCUUGCAGUCCGCCGAUCGAGAUGGGCUGCGGAGUACAGCAGACCGGGAGAUCAGGCGGGAAUCUUCAUCUCCGCACACUUUCAAGCAGCACCGUUCAUCCUUGUCAAGCGGAUCCGUGGAAAGCCGGAUGGCGGAGCUUGAUGAUAUUCAACGGUCGAUGGAAGUGGAGGAAACGGAGGAAGAAGGUUUUGAGGAGGACAGAUUCAAGAGAGAGCACUACGACACCGAUUCGGACAGUGUUUCCAGUGGGCGCGAGGGAGCUUCGUAUACGCAACACUCGGCUCGCGUGCAGAGCCAACAACCCCCUUCACCAGUGGAACAGGCUUACAUCAACAACAAUGUCAGCGGGAUAGACAACAGAAUUCCUGCUCACGAAUGGACUUUUGAAGAACAAUUCAAGCAGGUAAGUCCAGAUGUCGUACCAAAUCUUAAAUUAUUUGAUUUUCUAAAUCAGAUCAAGAAAGAAAAGCAAUCGGUUUCGGGUUUGGGUACCGUCUUGAGGACCGUCAUUAAUCAACUUGCUUCGCACAUACAAAGUGACGCGGCUCGAGCGAAUAUUAAUAAUUAUUGUUCCAAACAAAUUCAGCUUUCAUGGUUUAAUCGAUUUAUUCAUUUUCGGGUUCUAUUGAACUGAAUUCGUUUUCUAGUAUCGCAUGACUUUCGAAUAAAGCAUCUUUCCAGUUCUUUAUUGCUCGACUUUAAUCUCUCAAUUUCAAAUCGCUCUUUAAUUUAAACGAGUUAUGAGUAGCGGUGCAUAUUUUGCCGGCGAAUUUGACACGGCGAUUUUAUUUCAUUGUCACAUUUUGACAUCGAUCGUUUCAAUUUUCUGUGUUUACAAGCCGCUCCCGAGGGCGAUCUUUCCUGCUCCAGGCGACCAAAAUAAAUUCAGAGCUCAAAAUAAAUUGUAGUGAAGGCUGCAGGAUUACACGGGUGUGUAGAAGUUAUGAUACUGGCCACGAUAAAACGGUGAUUUGGGAGUUUGACGCGCGAAUAUCGGGUUUAUUGAAUUAGUAGGUCAUAGAAUGUGUAGUUUUAAUUAACCUAUGAUACAAAUUUGCAUACCAGGCUUAUCACCUGGGUGAAAUGAAAUAUUGUAUUUGUCCUGAGAAAUUGAAACGAUGGGGAUAUUCACUGCAAACAGGAAAACUUGAUAAUUAAACCGCAAGUUUUUUUUUUUUACCGGACUAACAAUCGAUGACAUUUCUUUUUUCAUGGCUUGUGGCUAUAGGUUAAGCAACAACUUGCUAUUAUCUAUAGCCUAGAAAGAUACAUUUGAGCUACAAAACAAUACUGCCUUCAAUUAAUAUUUAAUAAUAGACUAGAGUUAAUAUAGGCCCUUGGCAAUUGGGAACAUAGAUUACAGCUCUUUUUGGGUGGCAGGUUGAUAUACUACCACCUGUCAUUCAUGCAGCCUGUCAUUUUAUGCCUUAAUGGAUUUUUAUACGUUCUUAUUGGCUGCUUCAUCGCUGGAUAGAUAUCUACUAGUUUUGAAAUCAACUACAAAUUCUCUAAAGUUAGAAAAAGGAGAGAAGUCAACAUACUGUUGUGGCUUGGUUUGUAUGAUCAUCCAUCCAUCUUAAAACUGCUCAAUGGCAGAAAAUAAUUUUCCACCACUUGAAUCAAUACUAAUUUAUCUGGUCUUGCAUUUCCUUUUCCGUUUUUUGUCAAAGACUAAUACAUUAUACCUCAAUACGCCUCAACAUUCUUUUUUUGUAAUUAAAACUUUGAAGUUUCAUGGACAACAAAGAAAGAUUUAAUGAAGUUAAUAUUCUUGCUGUUUAUUCGUUGCAAGAAUUUAGUAUCCAGUGAUAUUUGAGCUACUCCUAUAUUCCUGCAUUAUUUUCUUUUCUACAUAAUCAUUGACCUGGCUUAAUAAGCUUUAAUCUUCUUAGACGUUUGUAACAGGUUCACUGUAUUAAUUUUGUAAUGUUCACUGCACAUUUCUCACAUAAAAGUUAAAGUUGUAAGAAAAAUUCAAAGUAAGUUGCUUGACUUGUUGGUCUCUUAACUGACUCAAGUCCUUGUUCAGUGGUUCAGGUUGUAUUAUUUUUUCACAAAGGUUUUAAUACAGUCUUUGUGUCAUUUGAUAUUUUGUUUGGCUUACAUCUUAUUCCAGUGUCUUAUUAAUUUAUCAAGCAUGAAAUGAGUGCAAUACAUAGAGAAACCUGUUUUUUAACAAUUAAAAACUUGCAUUUCACUAACAUUUAUCUUCGUUUUGGCCUGGGUUUAUAAUCAAAUUGGGUGUAAAAAAGAAUAUCAGCAGUUACUAGAAAUUAUAUGGCUUUUUAGUGUAAUGAUUAUUAAAUUGGCCAUUCCUGUUGAAGGAUAAUAUUCGCCGCUACAGUGUAUGAACAUAGCUUGGGAAACACAAUAAGAUCUAUAUCAGUGGCUGAAGUAGUAAAUUAAGAAUAUUGUGAUUAAAUGUCCACAAAAUCAGAAAACUGUAUUGUUUUUGUGCUGUGGCUGCCAGAAAUAACUAAGGUAGCACUUAAGUGCAUAGAACCAAUUUUUUAUCCCUUAAAAUACUGAAUUCCAGUAUAGAUUAACUGCGACAGCAUCACAUUUAAGUAAUAAAUUGUUUUAAGUGUGAGCUAUGCAGUAAUCCCUCAAGGCGUUUAUAAUACUGACAAGUAUUUACGAUAAAGUACCAUUUAAUUUGGGUCAGAACAAGAGUAAAACUGGACUAGUCAGCAACUAAAAAUGAAAGUUAUUUUAUGGGAUUGUUUAGUUGUAAUGCAGUAUCAAGUUAAGAAUGCUAAGAACUUCAAUUGCAUGUUAAAAAUAGCCUUAAAUUUGUACAAAGUAUUAAUUUUACAGUGUUAUUGUCUGGAUGAUGUUUUUAAUCAAUUAUGUCCCAGUGAUUAUCUUUUGACUUCCAUUGUUACAAUGCUUGAAUAUAAAAGACCCGUCUAAGCUAGAUGAGAUUAACAGUACACUAAAAACCAAUUUUGAAUAUUUCUAUGAUCACUUGUGUGAUUUCUGAAAACAAUACCAAGGUCAAAGAUUGAUAUGGAAUUUCUAUGUAAAGAAUUCAAGGCUGCUCUAUUGCAGCAAAUUUGUUUUGAUAAUCACAGUAAACCCAGGUCAGCCGAAGAGUCUGUGUUGUCAUAGCAGCAUGUGUGACACUGUUUUGAUGUGGAAACAAAGGAACAUACCAUAACAAGCAAGUAAUAAAAAAGCCAACUUUUAUUACGAUUUACGUGUAAACUGUUUAUCAACUAUUUUGAAAUAUUAAUCUCACUGUAGUUGAUUGCAACUUUUCAGUAGGCCCAAACAAAAGGAGAACUAUUAUAACUAUCGGUAUUAUUAUUAUAAAUAUUAUUAUUAUUAUUACUAUAAUUAUUAUUUUAAAAUGAAUUCACAUAAAUACAGAAUUCAUUGCUUAUGCUGUGGUGCUGGAAUUUUUCAAGCCUGUAAAAACAGUGUGGUGUGACAGCUACUUUGGUCAUCAUAUUUAUGUCUUUUUUAUGUUGAAAGGAAGCCAAAUAGAUCCAAUUAACACUCACAUAUGCCCUUGCAGAACAAAAUGGUAUGACAUACCUUAGUGAAUGAGCGAAAAAUCAAAGCUUAAGACUGGAUGUAUUUGACAUGCAAGUCAGCAACAUUGUAAAGGACCUUCAAUAUUUUUUGGGGGGAAUGUGACAAUGCUGCAGUUCUCAUGAUAUUAGAAAGUGUUCACUCAUGUGUGGUCAACUGUAACACAUUGCUCUGUUUCAGUGUGUACCCUGUGUAAUUGAUCAUUUCAACAAAAAUCCUGUUUGUUUUGUUUUUAUACGAUCAAACGUGACUAUACCUGUGUGAUUAAGUGCAUAAUGACAUGCAAGCAUGAGGAAGAAUUUUACUGCAUGUGUUUCAUAUUCAAGGGAAUUAGUGGAUCUCAUUAACCUUUCAAGUAGAAGGGCAGAACAACUUGGGCAGCUAAAGAUAGGCGGUCAAAUAUUUGUUUUUGGAAAGAGAGUUGAAGAGAACAUGAAAACAGCCAAAAAAUCGUGCCCUUAGCCUGCUGACUUAAAUUAACGCUAAUAUAAUGAUGCCCUUGAAGUAAUAUACCAAAAUCAAGAAAGAGCAUUUUAUUUAAUUUCCAGAUAUUGAGAACUGGGUUUACAAAACAAGGUUCUGCUGCAGUUGUUUUAAACCAUUUUGUCUUAAUGCUGGACAAAAACUUGCAAAAUACUCUUUUGAGUGCUUGAAUAAACCCAUGAACAAGCAUAUGGUGUAAAUAGCGAUAAUAAUAAUGUCUUUUGUCCACCUUUGGAAGUAUUUGUAACACAAAGGUUAAAAGGACUGGGCAAGUAACCGAAGCAUGUAACUUAACUUUAACAUAUUAAAUCAACUCCCUAUAGCAGACACCGUAGGGACCUCAACUUAGGAAGAGUUUGUGAUGGCGGGAAUUUAUUUCAGUCAAACUUCUGUAUCUUAUUUUUUUGCUGGGAAAUUGGCUGCUCAGGUUGGUAUUAUCAGGGUGUCUAUUACAGCGAGGUGUCCACAAGGCGAGACUUGACUCUACAGGGGAUAAACAUUCCAACUGGCAGGCAAAACUGUUGGCUUUUUUUGUAUGACCAUAGCUGAAGAUUCGAAGUCCAGUAUACUGAGAGACCAAUAAAUUUAUUCAACUGGCAGUCAGAGCAGGUCACUGCUUAGCCAUGUGCCCCAAACACAGCCAAAGGCAUGUUCAUUUUAAAGUGACUUACUAGUAUUCAGCAAGCAAAGAAAGUCAUGCCUGAAGCACAAGCUGUGAAACUGAUUUUCCCUGCUUCAUGAGUAUUGGUCAUUAAAUUUAAAAUCUGCUGAAAAUCUGCACAAUUCAAACAGCCUAAUUGAGUUUAAUUAGGCCAAUUCUGGCCCUCUGUCUGUUAUGCAGUACUAUACUACAGGGACAGUAUCGAAUAAUUGUCAUAUAAACAUGCAUAUAAUAGCAGUUUUGACUCCUAGCAUCCGUGUUCAUCCAGCAAAGCAUAAUUUGUUGUAAACUGACCUUAGUCUUGAAUAAGGUGGAUAUUUCACAGUGGCCAGGACACUCUCGUGGCAAAAACUAAGGCAUGGCCUUUGUUCACAGACUCUAAGUCUGAACUGCAAUCACGUUGACAAGUCUUUUUUAUUGACUUUAUCUAGAAAGAGAUUAAUGCAAUAAGAGAGAUAAAAAGUAAGCCAGCUUACUCUGACGACAAGAAUUUGCUUUAGUUUACGAUACUAUAGUAGUGCAGUGUCCAAUAUAGCAUCGCUUCUGUACGACUUAUAAGUUCAAACAUAACUGCUGUUGUGUUUGGGCAGAAUGUGUUGCACCAUGGAAUAAUAAUAUUAACGUUACAGUGUUGUAAGCAAAGAAUUGCAGCACAUUGGUUUGCCAAAAGAGAAGAUUGAGUGGGAAACUUAGAAGUGAUUGAGCGAUGGCAACAAAAUCAUAUCAACUAUUGUUACAGUGUAUGAGUGACAUCAAUAGUUCUGACAGUUCUAUGUGGCUUCUUUUGCAGUUGUACGAGUUAGGCAGUGAACCAGAACGGAAGGAAUUUCUUGAUGAUUUGUUUACUUUUAUGCAGAAAAGAGGUGAGUGAGUAAACGUGUUUUGAUGAUUUCAUUUAAAAAGUGCUUAAAAAUUGUUUUUGAUCGGUCUUUCAAUGCCUGUUAAUGAUACAAAAUAACACACAGGCUUGCAACUUGGGAACAUAACAUACAUGGUGUCAUACAGCAUUAAAAUAAUUACUUUUAAGAAGCUGUGCAGUGCCGAAAAUGACAUAUUAGCUGUUAUUUAUUCUCUUGAAAAUAAUGUGAAACAACCAGGUAUCUGAAAAGUUUCCAGUUAUGUCAAUCUUAUUCUGAUGUGGGUUUUUCUCGAAUAAAAGUGACUGAUAAUAGCAAAAUGUUUUACUGGCCGUCCUGCUCACAGUGUCCAAAACUUUAGCCCUGCCCUUCCCUCCCCCCAAAAAUGGUUCUUGUUUACCUCACUCAUGCCACGUCAAUUCAAACUUUUGGCUUGGGCUUACGUUGUUUGUAUAUCCAUUUCAGACUACAUUUAUGUGACGUUAUGAAGGAGAUUUCCUUUCUUCAUUUACAAAAUGUGCAUUUGAAUACUCAUGAAUAGGGUGAAAUUUGGAAAAAACAGAUCAGUCCACGUUCUGAAAUAAGCUUUCUAAAUAAACAAACAACCCAAGCUAAACUCCCGGUAACUGUCUAUUCCAUUUCGCUUUAUCUUUAACCUCUUUUAGAAAGUUUGACUUUAGACUAUCCUUUUGGAAUUUCAACCGACGCUUCACAGAAUUACUUGCCAGGAAUGUUUCCUGAAAUCACACAUUGCUCUCUCAACUGGGUUGAUUGUCGAAUGAAAAUGUAAGCAAAACACUAAUUUACUCACCUGAAAUGGUUUCUCAGACCUGUAGUCUGCUUUAGUAGUCUGUUAGUAACAUCGUUAAGGCAAUUUUCCAGGCUUAACGUUUCGUAACACUCGUAAAACGACGUAAACACUCUCUCGAUUUCAGUAACUAAAUUCAAAAUGGUCGCUAUCGUUCUUUCAUCGAAUUUCGCGCCCUUCUUGGGCAUCCCGCCGCGAGAGCCUCAGCACCUGAUUGGUUGAUUUCUGUUAUUAAAAUCACGUGGAUUGUCUGACACAAUUGUUAAAUUUUCGACUUUCUGUCUUUGAUGUAUUUUUUAAGGUACACCAGUUAAUAGAGUGCCCAUCAUGGCAAAACAGACUUUGGAUUUGUUUAAACUGUUCAGACUGGUUGUUGAAAAAGGAGGACUUGUUGAAGUAAGUUGAUUAUGAGUGUAGUCUUUGUAUAAUAGUCUUCUCUAGCCUGCCCAUUUCACAGUUGACAACUUACUGGUCAUUUUAAACGCCAUGGUCGUCCUUCGUAAUUUCAGGUUAUCAACAAGAAGAUUUGGCGAGAGAUUAUCAAAGGCCUAAGUCUCCCAGCUUCUGUAACAAGUGCUGCCUUUACUCUUCGCACUCAGUGAGUAUGAGGGUGUAGUUUGUAUCUUUUCCCGAAACCGUCGGAGAAUUUCUUCGAAACCUUAUAAAAUAAAAAUCAUCCGUUGGCAAAAUCAGUUUAAGUCAAAUCAAGAAGGUAAUAAAUUAUCCAACUCACCCGAUACCAAGACUUUUGACUUAAAGUCCACAGGGAGACUUCCCCGGCUCCUUGUCUAAGUUGACCUAUAUUAUACAUUAUGAAAACAAAAGGCGAGCGAUUUAUUUUUAGCCUUCCACCGCAGACUUUCACGCGUUAGUAAGUCAGAGGAGAAAUGUAUCAAAAGUCAAUUCAUCCUCUGUUGCUGAGAAAAAUAAUGAAAUCGCAAAUUGUUUAUUCCCAAGGUAUAUGAAAUAUCUCUAUCCUUAUGAAUGUUCCAAGAAGAAGCUAUCUACCCCAGCCGAGCUUCAAGCAGCCAUUGACGGCAACAGACGAGAUAGCCGAAGAUCAUUCGGUUCAUUCCUGUCGCAGACCGUGCCUUCAGAUGGUGGACGCCCGUACAGCAGUCCGAGUCCCACUACCACUCCUCCCGCAUUUACUACAAGCAGUUCGCCGGGAAUAUCUCGUCGAUCGAGCCCGGGCCCUGGUAGCGCUGCUUCCUCAUCAAACCAUGAAGUAAGUUUAUUUCAGGCGUUCAGAUAGUAUGGGCGUUGCAAAGAGAACUCUGUUUCUCAUUUAAUUUCGCACUGUUCCCCGGCUACCCGAAAGCCUUGAGUAGGUUGGGAGUGGUGUAUCCAAAAGAGAAAGACCAAAAGAAGGCUGACUCAAGACACUGUUUAUUCUCAGAUACGUAAAAGUUACACAUAAUAAUUAUAUACAUUUCGAUACCAUACAUCAGUUCAAGCAUUGUUAAUUUGUAACACGCGCUUAGUAAUUGGUUGAUUGAAAACUCAAGAGGUUUCAGGGACUGUUGAUAACCAAGGAGCAAUUUUCAAUUGUAGAUUUAUGCUCGAUGUAAUUUUUAGCCUGCGAAGAAGCUCUCUGAGGGCUCCGGGGCUGGGGAGGAAAAGGGGAUACGUGACUGCAAGCUCUCGUUUUCUCCUGUCCACCAACCCAAAGCCCUCAAGGGAGCUUGCUCGCAGACUAUCUAAUUAUUAUUGAGGGGCACGCAAUGGAUCUGUUCCUCAAAAUAUCUGUUCUUCAGGCACAUUUUUGCUGGCUGGGAGAUGUGGAAGAAAUAAUAGUCCUUGGAAGGAAAGUGUUGCUGGGAAAAAGAUAAUUCAGGGUGUGUUGGGAGUGAGGAACAGAUAAUUCUUUUCCAGCAAUCUCCCAAAAUGCUUAAAAUAGUCUCAGAAAACUUUAUUCACGCUUUGUUGUUGUUUUUAGGUCUUUUUCUCAAAAUUUCCCGUUGGGUGCCCCCGAUUAUUCUUGCCCCUUUCGCGCUUAGGAAAAGAAACGACUGCUACGCAGGCCACAAAACCACAGUCUGCUUACAGUCUCUGUUCUUUUAAAGGUGCAUGUACCUCCGUCGGUCCACGGCAACAACGGCGUUACGUUACUUCAUUCUCCAGGCGUUGUCCAGUACAGCCCUAAACGUUCCUUAAGCGCGACCGAUGUAGCAUCGCGCGGAGUAUCUUCACCGCCGUCAGAUGUAUCACCUUCUGGCUCACCAGUCAAGAAAUUCGCUGCCAGUAACGAACACAAUAAUAAACGAACGCCGAACCAACUACCAUGGACGCAUAUCAAGAUACAAACUCAACCUAAAGGUAACAAGUUAAGGAUUGCCAGCACUAAGUUGUCUAUCGGGGAAUCAUAAAAUUCGCAAAUGACGUGGUUAGAAAUGUGCUUAUAGUAAAAUAUAGAUUUAAUCAGGGCUAAAAGCGAAGCCUCCGGGGCUGCCUCUGUCAGGGGAAUGCCCGGGUGUCCCAUGAGUAUCAGACUGUUAAAGCAGUAAGAUAGAAUGCUUUCGAAAGACUAGAAUCACGUUAACUUUGAAAGGGUAUGGGGCAAAGAGAGGUCCAAAAAGCGCGAGCAGAUAGUGAGGGGAGCCUGCGCAAAGGCUAGAAGAGUGCGGCAUGACUCAAGUAUUGCCUCAAAGCGUGGAAGAACAUAUUUCAUGCGGGCUGAGCUCGCCAUUAGUCUCUGCCAGCUAACUGCUGACAAGGGCACUCGUACAGAGUCUUAACUGUCAUGCUUGUGAUCUACGCUUGUGCCAAAGUAAACAUUUCAUCUUUCUCUGUGUUAGCCUGAGAAACUAGAGUUUCGCGGGGAUACCAGUGGUCACGGUGAAGUCGCGGAAUUUCGGAUUUUUUCUCAGGCUAUCUCAGAAUUGAAGGUGUUUGAAUAUGUAGUUUGCUCAAUCCAAGUACACUGUAACUAGCUCCCCUCCUCAGACUGUGAACCCUCUUGUCUUUUUCCUUCCAGGUAUGGCUCAAAGCGGACAGUUUCAGUUUCCUGACAUGGAUCGGUCAUCACGGAGCCGGGAGCAGAGGCAAUUACCGCUGACCUUGCUGGAUCAAGUGAGCGACAACUCAUUACUGGUGUCUGUAGAACUCAAUGGUGUUGUUUACCAAGGUGUCUUAUUCGCAAGGCCAAAUCGCCCAGAUUCGCCAAAAAGUAACGAAGAAUACUAAACAAUUUAUUUCUAGUCGCCUAAUUAAUGUAAGCCUAAGAAUUUCGUCCACCCCCUGAUGUACAUUGCUUUUUGAAUGCAAUCUAAGUUGUGGUUCUUUUACGUGUACAGUUCCUUUUGAAUCGUCACGCAUCCCUUUGAUCAGUCUUGUAACUGAGACGUCUCGCUUAAUUACACUUAUCAGUAACGAUGGCGUAAGUUUUUUGCGUAAAAAUUAGCUCAAAUUUGCAAUGCUUCUGACUGAAUUUAUAAUCUUUGAUACAGUCAAGUCCAUUUACCGUAAUCUCUCUAAUUAGCCCUCCUCACUUUGAAAACCCCGUCACUAUUGAUCUCGCUUCCCCCUUGUUUUUUUUUUUUAACCAAGGCCCCAUAAUCAGUGAUUACCACGCCGGAUUUGGGCUGUUUGGGUACACAGUCAACUGGUGUAGACAAAAUUCAUUGAAAACGACAGUGCCUGAAAUUAUUAUUUGCACAAACCCCAGAG